AUGGUGAUGAUGACAACAACAAGUUCUCUUUUGGGUAACUCUACCAUCAGAGUAUACGAUAACGAUCCUUUCGAAGAGAAAGCUAAUCUCCAUACGAUUGUGAUCGGGCAGUCAGGAAUUGGUAAAUCCCUUACUGCACGCCAUGGCUGUCCUUUACCAUUAACGGAGCCUCAUGAAACGAAGGUUAUUAACAAAAUAAUGUGCACUGACGAACCAACAGAAAAUGGUUUGUUUAAUUUCUUUGUAAGCAAUGAUGAUGCUGUUCCCAUGCUCUGUAUCGACAAAGCGACCGAAUUUCUUCGACGGACGGUUUCACAGAAGGGACGAAAAGGGCAACUUGAAAUGAGCCGAAUGU